AUGAGCUUCACAAAUCCCAUUAUACCAGGCGCAAAUCCUGACCCCUCCAUCAUUCGAGUCGGCUCUGAUUUCUUUUUGGUAACAUCCAGCUUCGAGUACUUCCCCGGAGCACCGAUCUACCACAGCAACGAUUUAAUCAAAUGGGAUUUAAUCGGUCAUGCCUUGACAAGAACUAGCCAGCUUCAAAUCCACACGCCGGAACCUGGGGGCGGCGUGUGGGCUACUACACUCCGAUAUCAUCGCGGAUUGUAUUAUAUCGUCGCUGCGAGCUUCCAGCGGUAUCGACCACAGGAAGAUGAUCGGGUCUGGCCCCAGGGAUUUUAUGUCUGUACGAAUAACAUUUGGGAUGAUGAUUCUUGGUCGGAUCCGGUUUAUUUUGAUCAAGUUGGAUUUGAUCAGGAUCUUUUCUGGGAUGACGAUGGGACGGUUUAUCUUUCCUCGACUUAUCGAAAGGUCAAGCGCACCCCCAGAGCUAAGCUGAAGGACUUCGCUAUCCAUAUAUGCACAGUUGAUUUGAAAACCGGGCACUCCACAUCCGAGCCAAAGUUGAUUCGUGAGUCCUCUUCUGGGGUCGCGGAGGGAUCUCACAUUUUCAAGAGAGGCCUGUAUUGGUAUCUAUUUACGGCUGAAGGGGGAACCGAAAGUGGUCAUUGUGAGUGGGUAAGUCGAAGUGAACAUGGACCCUUUGGGCCGUGGGUACUUGGUCCAAACAAUCCUCUUUGGCGCAAUGGACUUGAAGACGAAGUGCAGAAUACGGGUCACGCGGAUCUAGUCGAGGAUGCAGAUGGGAAAUGGUGGGCUGUUUUUCUUGGCGUCAGGCCGUGGCGACGAUGGGAUAAAUGGGAGGAGUCCGUCCUGGGACGAGAGACAUUCCUGGCUCCGGUUUCCUGGGUGAAUGACUGGCCUGUAGUCAACGGGGGAAACAAGAUUACUCUUCAAUCCACUGGACCUGGUCUCUAUCAGCACGAGGUCCCGGUCAUGUGGAAAGAUGACUUUUCUAGUCCGAAGCUUCAGAUUGGUUGGUAUAGGAAGAACACACCAUUCACGGUUGACUUCUCUUUGACGGAGCGACCAAACUUUCUCCGGCUCUACGGUGGGCCGUACAAUCUUUCCGUCCCAGCCUCUCCGACUAUGUUUCUACGCAAGCAGAUUCAUCGAUACUCCACCUGGGAAACAAAGCUCUCAUUCCAUCCAACCUCUGAACACAGCGAAGCUGGCACUGUUUUGUGGUGGAACUAUUUCACAUACACCACUCUCGGGAUUCGAAAAAGAGGAAAGAAGCGGGUAAUUCUUUUUCAUGAACCGGGAGUCGACAGCUUGGAGCAUGAGCUGGAUUUGACAUCCGACGUGACACUCUACAUAGUCUGCGGUGAUAGUUAUCAGUUUGGAUACCGGGAGUCAACAUCUCCAGACCUAGUGCAAAUCGGAACCACCUCCAAUGAAGCCGCGACGAAGGCUCCACCAGUCGGAGCUCCUUUCUUUGGCAUGAUGCUUGGUCUAUACGCAUUUGGUGAGCGUCAGAGAUGUCUGACGCCGGCUGACUUUGAGUAUGCACGGUUCAGCACGAAUUAUAAUUGA